UGCUGCCUCAUCACCACUAUAGGAUUAGGAUGUAUUAUUAGUCAAAUAAUUCGCACAACCAAAUUAUCAUUUGACAAAAACAGAGAUCGAAGAACGAGAGAGACGAUUUGUGUGUGUUGGAAUCCACAGCUUUGUCGCUACAAGCAAUCAAGUCAACACUCUGACCGCCUCAACCGCUAACUUAACCAAUCAUAAAAUCCUCGCUCACACGUAAUAAUCCCCCCAAAACCCCAUAUGGCUUCUUCUUCAAUUCACUGCGAUAUUCGCUGCGCCCUUCUUCUUCACUUGGCCACGUCAUCGUCACCAUCAUCGCCGUCGUCGUCGUCGCUAUCCACGAUUAGGACUCUCGGUCCCCACCGCAUAACCUCGCGCGCCUCCGCGGCGCGUCGGGUGCUGUCGUCGUUCUCCUCAUCGCCGCGGACGGCGUCGUUCCGCGUCAGAGCUUUCUCCAAUGACGAGUCGAAAGAGGCCGUGAAGCUUCCGGAGAAGCCGUCGAUAUGCACCGCCGACGAGCUCCACUACGUCUCCGUGCCCGACUCCGAUUGGAGGCUCGCCCUCUGGCGCUACCGCCCUUGCCCCAAGGCCCCUCAGAGGAAUCACCCAUUGCUGCUAUUGUCUGGGGUGGGGACCAAUGCAAUUGGAUACGAUCUCUCUCCUGAGUCGUCAUUUGCACGUUACAUGUCUGGGCAAGGAUUUGAGACAUGGGUUCUCGAAGUUCGUGGUGCUGGAUUGAGUCUCCAUGAAGCAAAUAGGAAACAAAUCCAGGAGUCUGCCCAUGCAAAAUCUGAACAGAUGGAAUCUGUGUCUAAGGGUGCAACAAAUGGAGCUUUUUCUGCAGAAAAACAGUCAAAUAGCUUCUCUGGUGCCCUUGCAAAAUCUGAACCAAUGGAAGCUGUUUCUCAGAGUGCAACUGAUGGAGCUAUUUCUACAGAAAAGCAGUCAAAUAGUUUUCCUGGUGCCUCAGCAUUUGAAACUCCUGUUCACAAAAUAAACGAUCAGAUUUCAGCUGCCAAAGGAGACCUUACAAGUAUACCAACUGUAGGGGGCGAAUCAAAAUCCGUGACAAGUUUGACUGAAACUUUUACGCAGAUGUCAGAACGAUUGUCUGGCUUUCUUGGUGAAGGUCAAUCCAGUAUCAUUUCUGCUAAUUUACUUGAUCAAAUUUCAAAACUUUUUGCUGAUUCUACCUUAUCUGAGCGUUUCAAUGAUAUAAGCAAUAAGCUUUCAAGCCUCUUAGAGACAAGACAAAACUCUGCUUUUGCUAGCCAAAUCAGAGACCUCAGUCAAAGGCUUGUGAAUAUAAUUGAAGAAGGUCAGCGGUCUGUUUCUCCAUCACUGUUUGACUUGCAAGAGCGUCUUUCUUCCACACUAGAAGAUUUUCAGAAGCAACUUGACUUGAUAGUGAAGUAUGACUGGGACUUUGAUCACUACCUUGAAGAGGAUAUACCUGCUGUGAUGGAGUAUAUAUUGGUGGAAAGUAAGCCGAAGGAUGGGAAGUUGUUAGCUAUUGGGCAUUCAAUGGGUGGGAUCUUGCUUUAUGCAAUGCUUUCACGAUGUGGUUCUGAAGGAAGAACGUGCAACCUAGCAGCUGUUGUAACUCUGGCCUCAUCACUUGAUUACACAUCUUCGAAAUCAACUCUCAAAUUGCUUAUACCACUUGCAGACCCCGCCCAGGCUCUCAAUGUCCCUGUUGUUCCUUUGGGGACAUUAUUGGCAGCGGCUUAUCCUCUCUCAUCCCGCCCUCCUUAUGUCUUAUCUUGGCUCAAUGAUCUGAUUUCAGCACAGGGCAUGAUGCAUCCAGAAUUAUUGAAAAAGCUGGUUUUGAAUAACUUUUGCACAAUACCAGCAAAACUUCUGUUGCAGCUAACAACAGCUUUUAAGGAGGGUGGAUUACGUGACAGGAGUGGCACCUACUUGUUUAAGGAUCAUAUACAUAAAAGCAAUGUCCCUAUUUUGGCUCUUGCUGGAGAUAAGGAUCUAAUAUGCCCUCCUGAAGCUGUUGAAGAAACUGUUAAGGUAAUACCAGAGCACCUGGUUACAUAUAAAGUUUUUGGAGAAUCUGGAGGUGCACACUAUGCUCAUUAUGAUUUGGUAGGAGGCCGAAUGGCAGCAGAGCAAGUCUAUCCCUGUAUAAUUGAAUUUCUUAGUCAGCACGACUGAUGAUUGAUUACCUGAAACCAUGAAACUUAAAUCGCCGUCAAAUCAUUACUGGACCAAGCCUGAUCUUAGAACAGGCUUUGAAAGCUGCCAUCAUUGAUGCUGUCACACAUGCUCAUCAUGUUGUUAGGAUUUCUGGUGCAGAGAAGCAUUUCUAGUAGAAAGAGACACUAAAUUUUCAAGAAGAGUGCACAGGAGAUGUUUUUCUUCCGAGAGCGGAAUGCACAGUUAUUUUAUAAACACAGUUCUGUUCACCGCCACCCGUGGAUAAUUUGUACAUGUAUAUUCAUGAUAAUUUGUUCAUAAAAGGUCAUUUGUUGUUUUCUGUA